AUGUCACCAACCUUCGCAACCCCCCUCCCCCAAUCCCCCCGCUCCCCCAUCCUCGAAUGGUCCUUCCCGCGCCCCUUCCACCAACUCACCCUAACCGGCCGAUCCCGCGCAGCCUGGCACACUUCCUUCGUGAUCCCCCAACUCAACCUGUUGCUCGACGCCGGGCUGAUCGUCAACAACCAGCGGCCCAAACAGAUCUUUUUGACGCACGGGCAUAGCGAUCAUACGCUGUUGGCGCCAGCGUUUGUGAAGAAGAGUGAUCCGCCGGAUGUGUUUUGCCCGGCUGAGAUGGCGGGGGCAUUGGAUCGGUUUGUGGAGGCCAAGACGAUGUUGAGUGAGGGGGGUGGGGUUUGGCCGCCGCCGGUGGAUGGGUCGCCGUAUUUGAGGAAGAAGGGUGGGGGGAGUGGUGAGGGUAAGGAGGAUGGGAGUGAGAGGCCAAGGAAGGAGGAUUCAGGGGAAGUAGGGCAGCGGGAAACAUUAAUAGCGGGCACGAGGGGAAAUGGAGAUCAGGAGGAAGACGAAGACGAAUAUGGAGAUGGAGAUGGACCACCACCCACAAGCAAUGACCCGACAGAUCCUCGUCACCCCCUUCUUCGUACACAUCACACUCACCCCUUACGGCCCGGCGACACCGUGGUGCUUCCACGCCUGCCGGCCUCACACCCUUACACAGCCACGGCAUUCGCCUGUGAUCACACAGUCCCUUGUCUCGGCUACCUUUUCUGUGCGGUUACCAACAAGCUGAAGCCGGAAUACCAGGGGCUAUCCGGGCCAGAACUACGCGCACUUAAGCAGAAGUCACGGGAAUCAGGCGAAGGCGAACUACGACUUUCAACACCCGUGCCCACACCUGUCUUCGCCUUUCUGGGCGACACGACAGCAUCAACCCUCGCGUCAGACCCGGUAUGGCUCGCGGAGGGUGUCAAGGUGGUCAUUACGGAGUGCAGUUUCCUGUACGCGGAGGAACACAGAGAGCAGGCGGAACGCACACGCCACACGCUCUGGGCUGACCUGGAGCCCGUCAUCCGGCGCUGGCCGAAGACCAUCUUCGUCCUCACCCACUUCAGUCUACGGUAUUCUGAUAAGGAUAUCAGGGCCUUCUUUCGCUCGAGGGAUGUCCCAGACAAUGUGGUGGUGUGGAUUGACGGGAAAGGGGGCGAGCGUGGUCAGGGCAAGUGA